CCAAGUUCCGGACCUGUGUCCUCCCCUGGAUAUCCAGUCCCUCUCAUGUUCCUUUUGGGAUUACAGCAGCCUCAGGAAGACCAGACCCUAGACCUCAGAGGAUUCCUGGAGAAAGGUAGGAGAGCUCUUGAAGCUAAAGAAGACCCUUCCCAAAGCAGAAGUGAGUUUUCUGAUAAUAUAAUCUAUCCGGAGAUGGCUACAGAAUCAAAGAAAGCGGCAGCUCAGAACUUUCCAGAGGACAAAGGACUUCUGAUAGUGAAGAUAGAAGAGGAAGAGAUUAUCUGGAGGCAGGGCACUUAUGUACAGAGAAUUGAUCCCCUCAGGCAGGAACUCUGCCGGCAACUAUUUAGGCAGUUCUGCUACCAGGAUUCCCGUGGACCCUGUGAGGCCCUGAGAUCUCUGGAUCUCUGUUGUCAGUGGCUGAAGCCAGAAAUCCAUACCAAGGAGCAGAUCCUGGAACUGCUGGUGCUGGAGCAGUUCCUGAGCAUCCUUCCAGGGAAUCUACAGGCCUGGGUGUGUGAACAUUACCCAGAGAGUGGAGAGGAGGCAGUGACCAUACUGGAAAAUUUAGAGAGGGGCACUGGUGAAGCAAUACUUAAGGUUCCAGUCCAUGGACAUGGACAAGAAAUAUUCAGGAAAGUGGUGUUACCUCCUGGACCAGCAUUUAGUGUCCAUUUCCAGCCAGUGGAGACCAAGGUCCGUUAUGGUUCUUCUGAACCCCACUUCCUACUGGACUGUGAUGAUGAGAGUGAAAAUAACAGAUGCAGGCCUAAGCUGGACAUUCACAAAAAAACAGAGUCACAGAGAAUUCUAUCAGGAAGAAUCUCAGGAUACAUGUCGGAAGGAUCUGGGGAGCUGCAAGAUAUCUGUAAAUCUACAGGCAGGAUAAAGAAGCAAUGGGAAAAAAUACCUGGGGAGUCUCAGAGACCAUCACCUGAUGUCCAAGAUGGAGGUUUUGGUAAAAUCCUCACGCAUAAAAAUAUACUCACAGGUGAAAUGGUAAGCCAUGAUGGAUGUGAGAGGAGCUUAAAUCUGAACUCAAAUGAAUUUACAUACCAGAAACCUUGUAAACAUAGUACCUAUGAACAGAGCUUCAAAUGGAAUUCAGGUUUUAUUAACCAUCAAAGAAUACAUGCUGGAGAAAAAAUUCACCAAUAUGGAAAAUGUUUCAAGAGCCCAAUACUUAGUAAACAUGCAGCUAUUUUCAGUGAAGAGAAAACUCAUCAGUGUAAUGUGUGUGGGAAAACUUUCAGGCACAGCUCGAAGCUUGUUAGGCAUCGAAGAAUCCACACUAGAGAGAGCCCCUAUGAAUGUAAUGAGUGUGGGAAAGGCUUUGCAGGGAGCUCAGAUCUUAUUAGACAUCAGCGAAUUCACACUGGAGAAAGACCCUUUGGAUGCAAAGAAUGUGGGAGAGCAUAGCUGAAUUCACAUCUUAUGUUGCAUCAGAGAAUUCACACCAGAGAGAAACCCUAUGAAUGUAGUGAAUGUGGGAAAACCUUUCGAGUGAGUUCACACCUUAUUCGACAUCUGAGAAUCCACACUGGAGAGAAGCCUUAUGAAUGCAGUGAGUGUGGAAGAGCCUUCAGUCAGAGCUCACACCUUAGUCAACAUCAGAGAAUUCAUAUGAGGGAAAACCUAUUAAUAAUGUAAGGAACUUUAGUCAUAUGGAGAUAAUGAGGAAAUAGCAAAACAUGAAAACUGUUAAAUAAAAAAUAAAUAUUGGGUGAGAGGAAAGACUGAAA